ACUACUACAAGUCAAAAUAAACUGUAAUCAGAUGGUCCCCUUAUGUAAAAGUGAUAAGAUUGAGGCCUACGAGAUAAAAACAAAGAAUUACGAAACAAGAUCGUUCCAGCGCCAUAGGUGUCAGUACCUCAUAAAUUACGGCUAAGUUACACGUUUAUCCUUUAAAAAUGUCACAUUUAAUGGAGGCCCUUGUCGACUGGUUCGCGUCUAGAGGCACCCUGAGCAAGUUGGCCAUCGUAGAUUUCGGGGUGCAGUGGGCGGCCUUUUCCGUAGCCAGUGUCUUCAAGACCGAGAAGUUUUACGAUUUGACUGGUUCGUGCACAUUCCUUCUAGUUGCUUAUCUCGCAUACAAGUGGCACAACAUUGGACAUCCUCGUCAGCUGAUCCAGACAGGAUGUGUUUCGAUGUGGGCUCUUAGAUUGGGAUUGUACCUGUUCACUCGCAUAUUGAAAGAUGGAAAGGACCGGCGUUUUGACAAAAUGCGGGGAGACCCUAUGAAGUUUUUCAAUGCUUGGACUCUACAAGGGGUGUGGGUGUUUGUUACAAUUCUACCUAGUUUACUGGCAAUUUUGUCUCCUCGACAACGGCCCCUAAGCACGAGAGACUAUGUGGGGUGGGGUAUUUGGUUGACAGGCUACUUGAUUGAAGUUGUUGCAGACUACCAGAAAUCAUCUUUCAGGAACAAUCCAGCAAAUAAGGAUAAAUUUAUCAACACGGGACUAUGGGCAUUGUCACGGCAUCCAAAUUACUUUGGAGAGAUAAUGCUUUGGUUUGGCCUCUAUAUCAGUGCUUCUUCAACAUUCUCUGGAUGGGAAUACCUCACAAUUCUGUGCCCCUUGUUGGAUUACUUCUUGAUUACACGAGUUUCUGGAAUUCCUCUCCUCGAGAGAUAUGCCAGGAAGAAGUGGGGACUUCUGCAACAGUACCAGGAGUAUGUUGAGAAAACUCCAGUCCUCAUCCCGUUCUUAAGUUAAUUUCACCGUCCUAAUGAGGUCAUUAGGAGUGAAUGUAUCUCUGCAAGAUGCAGGAAAUAUACUUACUGUAUAAUAGAUUCUAAGAACUCAAAGUCCACUGUGAUACACAUACCCAAGAAAUACUGAAGCAGGUUAAUUUGAAACUAAACUGCUGCUCAGGGCAAGCUAUUAAGAUUCAGUAUACCAAAGCUCAAAUUACUAAAUGUGUUAAACAUC